CGGGCGCCCCGUCCCCAUCUUACACCACCCCUCAGUGGGCUCUGCCCCACCCCAGGGCGCACAUCCACCCUAGUCCUAACUUUAAGGGGCUUGUGCACAUCAGUGCCCACCCCCAAACUUCUUACUCGAGUGACCCCACACGAGGGGUGCCCACACAACCCUUCCCAGCCUUCUAAUCACGGUCAUGACCUAGCGGACCCCCCCCACCCCCAACCUUGUCACCGACCUUACCCUCCAGGGCAAUAUUCUCACCCGAUUGGUCUCCUCUACCUCAGGCCAUUCACACUGUCCUCUCUGGAUUCCCUCCAUAUUCCGUAUCUAGUCCUCCAUCCCAGUCCCCAUGGUCCCAGAGCCGGACCCUGCCAACAACAGCACCCCAGUCUGGGGCCCCGGGCCACCAUCUGGCCCAGAGGGCAAUGGCUGGGUGGCAGCCGCUCUCUGCGUGGUCAUCGCGCUGACGGCAGCAGCCAACUCGCUGUUGAUCGUCCUCAUCUGCACGCAGCCAGCGCUGCGCAACACGUCUAAUUUCUUCCUGGUGUCGCUCUUCACGUCGGACCUGAUGGUGGGGCUGGUGGUGACGCCACCGGCCAUGCUGAACGUGCUGUACGGGCGCUGGGUGCUGGCGCGCGGCCUCUGCCUGCUUUGGAUGGCCUUCGACGUGAUGUGCUGCAGCGCCUCCAUCCUCAACCUCUGCCUCAUCAGCCUGGACCGCUACCUGCUCAUCCUGUCGCCUUUGCGCUACAAGCUGCUCAUGACAACCCCGCGCGCCCUGGCGCUCAUCCUAGGCGCCUGGACUCUCGCGGCCCUCGCCUCCUUCCUGCCCUUGUUGCUGGGCUGGCAUGAGUUGGGUCGUGUCCGUACACCCGCCCCGGGCCAGUGCCGCCUGUUAGCCAGCCUUCCGUUUGUCCUCGUGGCGUCGGGCGUCACCUUCUUCCUGCCCUCAGGUGCCAUCUGCUUCACCUACUGCAGAAUCUUGCUGGCUGCCCGCAAACAGGCUGUGCAGGUGGCCUCGCUCACGACAGGCAUGGCCGGGCAGACUUCGGAGACCCUGCAGGUACCUGGGGUGCCUAGGACUCCACGUCCAGCGAUGGCAUCGGCUGACAGCAGGCGCCUGACCACCAAACACAGCAGGAAGGCCUUGAAGGCCAGUCUUACCCUGGGCAUACUUCUGGGCAUGUUCUUUGUGACCUGGCUGCCCUUUUUUGUGGCCAACAUAGCUCAGGCUGUGUGUGACUGCGUCUCCCAGGGCCUCUUCGAUGUCCUCACAUGGCUGGGGUACUGUAACAGCACCAUGAACCCCAUCAUCUACCCGCUCUUCAUGCGAGACUUCAAGCGGGCCUUGGGCAGGUUCCUGCCAUGCCUUCGUGGGUCCCCGGAGCGCCGGGCCAGCCUUGCUUCUCCCUCCAUGUGGACCUCUCACAGUGGUGCCCGGCCGGGCCCCAGCCUUCAACGCGUGCUUCCGUUGUCCCUGCCUCAGGACUCGGAUUCUGGCUCUGGUGGUUCUUCAGGUGUUCAGAUUGCAGCCCAGCUGUCGCUGCCUGGAGAGGCCACCCGGGACUCUCCACCACCGACCAGGGCCACUGCCAUGGUCAAUUUCUUUGACGUGGACUGUGUGGCGCCUGAAUUGCGGCUGCAUCCACCCAGUUCCCCCACAAACUGACCAGGUCUGCAGGGAGCCAUAUCCCUGAGAGGUCGGGUCCACCCUGCUAAGUCUGGGAAGUGGUAGGUCUCCUGGGUGCCCUCUGCGCUCCAGGGGGCGUCCUGAGCUGGCCUCCAAUGCGGCUGUAGGCCCCUUGCCUAGAAGGACGUUGGCUGUCUCGGGCGUGGCUCUCUGUAAGGUGUGGCUGUGUGGAGUGUAGCUUGUCUUAAGAGUCUUCUCGUAAGGAGGACUCUGGGAGCUGAGGACUCAGGCAUCUGGCUUCUGAUCAGUAAGGAAGUAAUGGGUCCUCCUCUGUCCAUUCUGUCAGGCUGUGUGGGUGGGAACAUUUCCAUCUAGUAACCCAGGUUCAUGUUUGACCCAAUCCCCUGCUCCCCAAGUGGCCCCCUGUGGGCUUUCUCAUCACCUGAGAAGUUUUGCAAAAAGUCGAACAUUUCCUCUUCUACCUUGCUGCUCUGAGACCUUUCACAGGUCACGUCACCUCUUCAAAUCAUACUUAUCCCAUGAAAAAAACACAGGGUAAUGACUGGUAAGAUAGUUUUGAGAUUUAGGGCCAUGUGUAUGGUGAGCCCAGCACCAGUGAGGGGGGGGUCAGUAGGGGGUAGGUCCUGUUGUUAUAACUCAGGGUCAUCCAGUCCCCUGACUCUCAUGGUGGGCCAGCAAGGGAGAUACAUAUAUAUGUAUUUAUAUGUAUAUAUAUUUUUUCGAGACAG